CAAGUGGUAACUAUAUCAUUCAGAGAAGAAGACGAUGAAGAAGCUCUGAAAUGGGCGGCUCUCGAGCGAUUACCGACGUACGAUCGUGCCCGGAAAGGUGUUUUGCAUGGCAUUCUGGGUGAUUUGAAAGAGAUCGAUCUUCGGAAACUUGGAUUUGAAGAGAGGAAAGAGUUGCUGAAUAGGUUCAUCAAAAGCGCUGAUAAACAUGAAGAGUUCUUGAAGAAGCUUAAAGAAAGGAUCGAUAGAGUUUCUCUGAAAAUGCCCACGAUUGAAGUUCGAUUUGAAAACAUAAACGUUCAAGGAGAAGCCUAUGUUGGUAGCAGAGCUUUACCAACAAUCUCAAACUCAAUUUUCAAUGUUAUAGAGGGUGUUGGCCAUUUCCUACAUAUACUCUCAACUCACAAGAAAAAGUUCUCAAUUUUACGUGAUGUGAGUGGAAUUAUCAAGCCAGGCAGAUUGACUCUGCUUUUAGGCCCACCAGGUUCAGGAAAGACCACACUACUACAAGCAUUGACUGGAAAACUUGAACCAGGGGUAAAGUUUGCUGGGAAAGUAACGUAUAAUGGUCAUGAAAUGCAUGAAUUUGUUCCCCAGAGAACUUCUGCAUAUAUCAGCCAAUAUGAUGUCCACAUACCCCAAUUGACAGUAAGGGAAACACUGGAAUUCUCUGCAAAAUGUCAAGGAGUUGGAACCGGUUAUGAUAUGCUUACUGAGCUCCUGAGAAGAGAAAAAGAGAUGAAUAUUAGGCCAGAUCCUUACAUAGAUGCCUUGAUGAAGGCAUCAGUUCUGAAAGGGCACAAGGAAAAAAUUGUCACAGACUAUGUUCUCAAGAUUUUAGGACUGGAAGUUUGUGCUGACACCAUGGUAGGAGAUGCAAUGAUGAGGGGAGUUUCAGGAGGACAAAAGAAACGUGUAACUACAGGGGAGAUGCUGGUGGGUCCUGUAGGAGCACUUUUUAUGGACAAUAUAUCAACUGGCCUUGACAGUUCCACUACAUACCAAAUCGUCAACUCGAUCAAGCAAUCAAUCCACAUCAACAAGACUGCUAUAAUCUCACUUCUCCAGCCCCCACCAGAAACUUUCGAGCUUUUUGAUGGCAUUAUCCUUCUCUCGGAGGGGCGAAUCAUCUAUCAAGGCCCUCGUGAAUAUGUUCUUCCGUUCUUUGAAUCGAUGGGGUUCAAAUGUCCUGACAGAAAAGGAAUUGCGGACUACCUACAAGAAGUUACAUCAAGAAAGGAUCAAGGACAAUACUGGUUUCGUCAAGAAUCACCAUAUCAUUUCAUUUCGGUCAAUCAGUUUGCUGAAGCAUUCAAGUCGUUUCACGUCGGAUUAGACAUCCAGCACCAGCUUUCGAUCCCAUUUGACAGGUCAAAGAAUCAUCCUGCAGCUUUGACAAAAACCAGAUAUGGAGCUAACAAAAGGGAAUUGAUGAAAGCCUGUUUAUCAAGAGAGUUCAUUUUGUUGAAAAGAAAUACGUUCUUGCAUGCUUUCAAGAUAUCUCAGCUUGAAAUUAGUGCAGUAAUUCUUGCUACCGUCUUUGCGCAAGCUAGAAAGCAUCACAGUACAAUUGAAGAUGGAACAGUCUACCUAGGCGCUCUUUUCUUUUCUCUUAACACGAUUACCUUCACUGGAUUUUUCGAGCUUCCCUUGACGAUUGAUAAGCUUCCGAUAUUUUACAAGCAAAGAGACCGCAUGUUUUAUCCUUCAUGGGCAUUCUCGUUGCCAACAGCAGUUCUUGGUAUUUCUAUAUCAGUAUUCGAAGUUGCUAUAUGGGUUGCCAUAACUUACUAUGCAAUAGGAUUUGAUCCCAGCACUACAAGGAUGCUUAAACAAUAUCUUGUUCUCGUAAUGAGUGGACAGAUGUCUUAUGCACUUUUUAGAUGCAUUGCUGCAUUGGCUAGAGAUCAUAUUGUUUCCAACACAGCUGGAUGCCUUUCAGUAAUGUGGCUGUUAGUGUUUAGUGGAUUUAUCUUAUCAAGAGAAAACAUGCAGAAAUGGUUGAUCUGGGGAUACUGGACUUCUCCUCUUAUGUAUGCCCAGAAUGCCCUUUCAGUAAAUGAAUUCCUAGGCCAAGCCUGGAGUCAAGCUCUUAAUGGAACGAAGGAGACUCUGGGAGUAGCAGUCUUGAGAGCUCGUGGGGUUUUCAUCAGUCUGGAUUGGUAUUGGAUUGGUCUUAUUGCAUCGGUUGGCUUCAUACUCCUUUUCAAUGUGGUCGCCUCUUUGGCUUUUGCUUACUUUGAUGAAUAUGGGAAAUCUGAGGCUGUGUUUCUGAGUGAAGAAUCUGUUGAAGAAGACAAUGUUGGAAGAGAUGAAGGCGAUGGAAUGUUGUUAAACAAAACCAAAUCAAAGAUUAAGAGAGCAUCUAGAGAUGCACUUGCAGUUCGCAGUUAUCAUGAGAAAGGAAUGCUUCUUCCUUUUGUUCCGCUUACAGUUGCCUUCGAGAAUAUCACGUACUCGGUUGAUAUGCCAAAGGGGAUGAAGACCCAAGGUGUGUUGGAUGAUCGAUUGGUACUUCUAAACGGAGUGAGUGGGGCAUUCAGGCCGGGAGUUUUAACAGCACUAAUGGGUGUUAGUGGUGCUGGUAAGACUACCUUACUUGAUGUGUUAGCCGGGAGGAAAAACAGUGGAUAUAUAGAAGGAAACAUCACUGUUUCAGGUUACCCAAAGAAACAAGAAACUUUUGCUCGAGUUACGGGAUAUUGUGAACAAAACGACAUUCACUCUCCUCUUGUCACUGUCCAUGAAUCUUUACUAUACUCGGCAUGGCUUCGGUUGCCUCCUGAAGUUGAUCCUGAAAGUAGAGAGCUUUUUGUUGAGGAGGUUAUGGAACUGAUUGAGUUGAAACCACUGAGAGAUGCACUGGUGGGAUUUCCAAAUGUGAAUGGACUAUCAAUCGAGCAGCGCAAACGGUUAACCAUUGCAGUCGAGCUUGUUGCAAACCCCUCAAUAAUUUUCAUGGAUGAGCCAACAUCAGGUCUCGAUGCAAGAGCAGCAGCCAUAGUAAUGAGAACCGUGCGAAACACGGUGGACACAGGAAGAACUGUGGUAUGCACAAUUCACCAGCCAAGUAUUGACAUAUUUGAAUCAUUUGAUGAGCUCUUCCUGUUAACGCGCGGGGGUGAGGAAAUAUAUUUCGGUCCUCUAGGCCGUAUGUCAAGCCAUUUGAUCAAGUACUUUGAGGACAUCAAUGGAGUAAGCAAGAUAAAAGAAGGUUAUAACCCAGCAACUUGGGUUUUAGAACUGACAACACGAGCUCAGGAAGAGAUUCUAGGCGUUGAAUUCACUGACGUGUACAAAAAAUCAGAUCUCUACAGAAGAAACAAGGACAUUAUUUCAGAGUUGAGCAUAUCUCCUCCAGGUUCGCAGGAUCUCCACUUCCCUACUAAGUAUGCACAAUCCUACUUUACACAGUUCAAAGCUUGCUUAUGGAAACAGCACAAAUCAUAUUGGCGGAACACACCGUACAAUGCAGUGCGACUUUAUUUUUGUACCGCAGUGAGCAUUAUGUUCGGAGUCUUAUUCUGGAAUCUUGGAAGCAAGAGGAAAACAAAACAGGAUAUUUUCAAUGCAAUGGGUGCAAUGCACACUGCAAUAACAUUCAUGGGAUCACAGAGUGCAGCUGCUGUGAGACCAGUUAUAAUAGCUGAAAGAACAGUUGUUUACCGAGAAAGGGCAGCCGGAAUGUACUCUGCGUUACCAUAUGCCUUUGCGCAGAUUGCCAUCGAAAUCCCAUAUACUAUAGCUCAGGUUGCUAUAUAUGGGGUCGUAGUAUAUGCAAUGAUGGGUUUCCAAUGGACAGCUUCCAAGUUCUUUUUAAACACAUUCUUCAUGUUCAUCACGGUUCUCCUCUUCAUAUACUACGGAAUCAUGGUCGUAGCUGUGAGUCCUAAUCAAGCAGCUGCCGCGGUACUUUCCGGUGUGUUCUAUACAGCAUGGAAUCUCUUCUCAGGCUUUAUAAUUCCCCGACCGAGGAUUGUUAAAUGGUGGAGAUGGUACGCUUGGUUGUGUCCGGUGUCAUGGAGCUUGUGGGGAAUGUCGACUUCACAGUACGGAGACUUGCAGAGCAAGUUAGAGACAGGAGAAACAGUGGCUAAGUUUAUGGAAGACUACUUUGGGUUCAGACAUGACUGGUUAUGGCUGGUUUCUGUGGUGCUGAUAGGCUUCACUUUGACGUUUGCUUCUGUAUUUGCAUUGUCCAUGAAAUUCUUGAACUUCCAAAAGAGAUAA